CCCACCGACGGACUAUUUCCAAACACGCCUCGUCUUUUCCCGAAAACUAUAAAUACUCCUCUUUCUUUCCCUAUUUUGUGCCCUAGAAUUCCUUCGUUUCGCCUCCCACUCGCCGCAACAUCCAAUUUUCCCUCACUUUCCCAUGCUUUCCCGCCGAAAUCACCCCACGACCUCGCCGAGUCGGUCCCAUAUUGCCUGUCUAUGAUCCGUCGCGAUACGUCUCGGAUCGCUUGUCGUUGUCUCGGUGAUGGACGCGGUGGAGUUGCCGUACCCGGUGGACGUGGCGGCGCCGAAGCUCAUGGGAUCGGAGGGGUUCGUUAGGGCUGGGGUUACAGUCAAGGAGGUCGAGGCUCGCGAAUCUGACGGCGUUUCGGUUCUCGUGAGUCCAAUCGAACGGUGCAGCUCUCUUUUGAGUAAAAAAGAUGUUACAACUGUGGUCAUGUCUUCAGAGUCUGGCUCCUGCGAUAAGAUUCCAGAUGCUGCACUUUGUAGGCAUGCUAAUCAGCUGCCCAGCUUUCGGGGUGAAGAUGUGUCUGCGCACCCUUAUGGUAUGGAAAAAAAUUGUCUUUUACAGUGUCCUAGGCCUGAAGAUGUACAGUUACAACAGGUAAAAAGAUUAGUCAGAAUGGAUCCACAGUUACAACGGAAAGCAGCAAAGGUAUCAAGAAGUGGUAGUGUGUGUUCAAAGAGGCCAAGGCUGGCAGUUCAAAUGGAAGAUUCUAUGAGCCUAGCUGGAGUUGAUGACAAAAAGGAUAUGACUGAUAAGCUAGAGUUGAAUCCUACAAGGUGCACCUCUCCAGAGAAUACACAAGUGAUGAAACAAAAAAAUAACUUCAACAAGCGAGGUGAUAAAAGAGGUUUCAAAGUUCCUGCGAAGAUCAAAUAUGAUUCUUCCUCUAUGAAGGCAGGAUUGUCGAACUUCAGUUCAGCGGCUGGAGGGAAUAACUUUUUUGGAGCAUAUGGUCUGAAGUUAGAUCCCCAUGACAUCACAAAGCUUGCGGGUGACCCACCUUUGAAUGAUCUUCUUGAUGGCACUUACAAGUGUUCUAGUUUAGUAAAAGACAAAGGGAAGAAAGCAGAAAACAUAAAUGGUGAUUUUUUGAAUUCAGUUAGAAAAGCAUUCUCUGUCCUGCAGCUCUCAAGGCCUGUCCAGUCCCAAAAUUUUGCGGAUGUAGAGAACUUCUCUGACAAGAAAAUUUCCACAUGCGUAUCAAACUCUAUUUCUUGUGAUAAAGGAGAGUCCUGCACGACAGAUCUAUCUUCAUGUAACAAGAUCCAGGAUUCUUAUAGCAAGCCUGAUACUCCUGCUAAUGCACUUGAUUUGCCAUUAUAUCAACCUAAAGAUAUUUUGAAACGCUUGAUGCUUGCUGAACCCAAGGAUUUGGAGUCUUUGCUCCUCGAUGCGGCCAAGUCUUCUGUAUCUUCAAGGAAUGCUUCUGAUCUACGCCCAGUCAAACAAAUGUCUCGCAAAGUCAGCUUGCCACCAUUUCCAUGGUCACAUACUUAUAGUGGGCAUUGUAGAACUAAUUCUGAUGCAAUUAAAUUGCCUGCAACUAGGAGCACAUGCCAAGGUAGAUGGGUAAGAAUAGGGAAUGUUUCCGGCUCUCUGAGGGUUGCCACUGAUUGUCUUGCAAACUUGGAGUCACUAACUUAUGAUCAGAGCCUGGUUCCUACAGGACUGAGAUCAGAAAAUAAAAUUUUCCCAUCAAUGCCUGUUAGUUUUCCUCGGUGUGAGUGGGAUUCAUUGUCUUCUGCUACAUGUUCAAAAGCUUCUCACUUAUUUCUAGAUUCUGGAGGCAGGGUGAAUUAUCAAGGAAACGCUGAGCAAUGUCCAAUAGUAUUAGCUGCUGCUCAAACUCUGUGUGACAUCGCGACUCAGUAUCUCAAACAAAAUCCAGAUGGAAUAAUAAGGUGGCCAAAGAAGCCUUCACAAAAGGUGAUGAAAGCUCGCAAGCUGAAGUCAAAUGAGAAACUUGAAGAAACGUUUGCAGCAUCCAUUUCUGCAUUGCCAUCUAGCAGUAUGGUAAGAAGUGUGGACCAGCUAAUGUCCUCAAAGAAGCCUAAGCUCUCUAUGAUUGAGAGCAGUAAGGACGUAGAUCAUCCCAAUUGUCUUAGGAGAGGAAUGUUAAAUUGGUCGACUCCCAGAUCAAGCAGAUCAUCACCGAGCAAAUCGAUUAAGGACUCGAUCGCAGAAACUAGACAUUCAACUGCUAGCAUUUUUAAACAAUCAUGUAUGAUGCCCCCACCUGCAAGGGUGGUUUUGGAUAAGGCUUGCAACAACAGUCAACAGAAGGUAAGAAAAUUAUUGCCCAUGGAUUGGAACCGUGGAAGGGACGGGCUCGACUGAUCAAAAUUCCUUCCAAUAAUUGUUGUUAUUCGUCAGUAUCAGCUUUCUGUCUCUCGCCAAAUCGAUUGGUUUGUACAUAUUUAUGAUGUAGGUGGAAAGGAAUUGUUCUAGGGGUUGUUGCUCUAGAUGGAAUGGCAUUGUUGUAAGAGUUCACCUUGGAGGGUGAACAGGAGUCUCAAUGUUGUAACAGUAAAGAAGUUGUACACAGCAGGGAAUUCUUUGCCUUCUGUAGAGCAUUUCAUGAGGCAAUAGAAAUUUACGUCUCACUCUUUCAAAUUA